UAGGGGAUCUGGACGACCUUGCGAUCAUACGCCUUUUUACUUCCUUGGUUUCGUGUAGGGUGUGUUGUUUGUGCCGCGAGUAUACACCCGUCGCAUCGUUCUGUCACUGAACGCUUAAUUGACUUAACCGCUCGACUCGCUGGCCCAACGGAGGACUUUCUCCACGACUUCAUCCACCCCCAACCUCCGACGAGACAUUCAAUAAACCUCUCCAAACAUCCCCCAGAACCACGCAUCUAUCUGCCAGAGAAAUCCAACUCCCUCACGCCUCGACCUCACCCGGUCGUCCGCCCGUCCAAAAUGUCACACUCCAAGCGCAACACUUCCCUCGCCUUCUUCACCUCGUACGAGCGCGACUCCCUCAAAUCAUCCUGGGGCUCGCAAUCGACACGCCUGACGCGCGACUCCUUCCUCCCCUUCGGCUCGUGCCAGCUAUGUCUCCUCUCCCCCGCCAUCGACCCCGUGUGCUGCGCGGACGGCGACCUGUUCUGCCGGGAGUGCGCGGUGGAGAACCUGCUGGCGCAGCGCAAGGAGAUGAAGAGGGUGAAGCGCGGGGAGGAGAGGAGGCGGGAGGAGGAAGAGGGGGAGAGGGAGAGGGAGGACGAGGAGGCGAGGAGGAGGGCGGUGGAGGAAUUCGAGAGGGUGCAGAUGGGGUUGGAGGUUAAGUUCAAUAGCGGUGGGGCGAAGAUCGUGGGGAGGGAGGACGGGAAGGUGGUUGUUGAGCGGACGGUCGAGGACGCGGACGGCGAGAGCAGGGGCAAGAAGAGGAAAUUCGAACUCGACGAGGAGGAACUGAAGCGCAUCGCCUUGGAGGAGAGGUCCCGCGCCCGCCUCGCGCUCGACGAGGAGAAGAAGGCUUCGAAGGCGGUUCUCCCGAGCUUCUGGGUGCCGUCCCAGACGCCAGACACGAACCACAAAGCCGCCGACAAGGCCAAACAAUCCCCCACAUGUCCAGCCUCCGACCCAGGCAAACCGCACUCCUUCUCCCUCAAGUCCCUCACCACCGUCAAUUUCACCUACGACGACAAAUCCACCUCCUCAGACCCCCCAUCCACAACCUCAACAUCAACAGCACCAACGAAGACAACAGCACCAACAUGCCCCAGCUGUCGUAAAACCCUAACCAACGCCACAAAAGCCGUCCUCGCCAUCCCCUGCGGCCACGUCCUCUGCAAGCCCUGCGUCGACAAGUUCCUCCGGCCCGAACUCCGGCACGACCGCCACGCGCACGACGACGGGCCCGACCCGGAUACCGUGCACUGCUACGUCUGCGACGCGGACCUCACCACCGACCCUAACUCCGUCGACGACAAAGGCAAAGACAAGAAGGAGAAGAAGGGGAAGAAAGGGAAGGACAAGGACGCGGCGCCGAAGCCGGGCCUCGUGCCGAUUAGGAGUGAGGGGACGGGGUUCGCGGGGGGCGGCAAGGCGGUGGUUAAGAGGGAGGGGGUUGCGUUUACGGUGUGA